AGUUAACACCAUAGUUUAUAGAGAACGGCAUUCGAAUUCCACUCAGAAUCUGCUGUUUGCCUCUGCGAAAUCUUGGCAGCAUCGAUCGAUCCACCGGAGCUUCUGAGCGAGGAUAAUGGAGUCUGCAGUUAGGGUUCCACCAGAGGAAGUAAAAAUGGUUGAUGGUGAGAUAGAAUUACAUCAAGAGGGGGUAAAUUUGAAUGUGAACAAGGAGAGCAUCAGCGACAGUCAUGAUCCAAUUUCUGGUGGAAAUGAAGUGAAUGAGGAUGGGAUAACAGACAAAGAGGGGCAAUCAAAAGCUGUAUCCAAGAGCAAAACAUCAAAUCUGAGUAAAGAUUCUGAUAAGAACAGUAAAAGGGGCAAGAAUCAAUCUAGUUCAAAAGCAUCAUCUGCGUUUAGCCACAAUGCAAAACCAGGAUUGAGCCACAGUCUUUCGUUCCCCGCCAAAGGCCGCAGUCCUGACGUAAUGAGAAGAAGCAUUGAAGCUCAUCAAAAGAAUGGUGCAACGGUUGAGUCUCAAGUUUCGAAUACAAAGGGGAGACUUCCGGGAGUGAAGUCGAAGGGAGUGGCAAGUUCUGGAAAGGCAACCAACAGGGCUUCAGUUUCAGCAUCUUUGCCGAGCCUUCGUCGAUCUGUGACUGGGAGACAUGUUAAUGCUGCAAAUGAAGCAGACACUAACUCAGCUUCGGAUGUAAUGGGCGGACAAAAUGUCGAAUCUCCCAACCCCGGAUUGCCUGUUGAAGACGAUGCCCGCUCUAAUACUUCAUCAAACCUCACUUCCGGGGCACAGCAAAGAAUUAAUGCUUCGACAUUCUCCUUCAGGUUGCAAGAGCGUGCCGAAAAGAGAAAGGAGUUCUUUUCAAAGAUAGAACAGAAAGUGCAAGCGAAGGAACAAGAAAAAAACAAUCUCCAAGCAAAAUCAAAGGAAAGCCAGGAGGCGGAGAUUAAGCAACUGAGGAAGAGCUUGACGUUUAAAGCUACACCUAUGCCGAGUUUCUACAAAGAACCUCCUUCAAAAGUUGAGCUGAAGAAGAUACCGAUCACACGCCCGAAAUCUCCCAAGCUCGGACGGCGCAAAGGCGCAGCCACAACAGUCAUCAACACCCCUGAAAAUCGAGGAUCCGGUCACACCCCUCAAGCAGCAGCUAAAGACACAUCUCCAAAACCCAACGUAAGUAUCGAAAAGGGCAAUGCUAAUCCAAAGAAGUCUACAAAAAGCUCCCUCUCCAAACGAAACUCAAAAGACAAUAAUAGCAAGAACUCGGAAGAACACUGGCAGGCGGUGGCUCAGCCGCGCUGUUCGCCGGAACCCGAGGGAGGAAACAAUUCUUGCAGCAAUGGAUCGAAUCAUGAAGCACAAGCACUGCCUGCUGAGGUAUCUGUUGAAGGGUGAAAAGUGGUGGUGAGUGUAGAGUUUUUACUUUAUUUGUUGUUUGAUAAGUUUGGCAUUUGCAGAAAAUUAAUUAUCUGUGAAACUCGUUGAGAUUUUUUUGUUGUCUUGAUUUGUUGCAUGCUGGAAGUGAAGUUUGAUACAUACAUACAAUACCAUACAUACGAGUUUUUAUAUAUAUAUAUAUAUAUACUAUUUAUUGUGUA